GGACACCCCUUCCUACGAGGUGAUAAACAUUAGCCUACGAAAGAGAAUUGACGAAGGCAGGAGAUUGACAGACCGAAAAUCAUCCAUUUGAAUCCCUUUAUUGGCUAGCUAAUACUAUUCUAAACGUUUAUAGCUAAUUAAUGGGCGAUCAGAGGACAGACGACCACCAUAUUGGCACACCACCGAGCCUUGCUCCCGUUCCUGGGACUAAACACGGUUCUAAGUAUUUCUGUACAGGUCCGAGUGCGCCCAUGCAGAACCACAUGAAAUGAAUAAAGCACCACAGCUUAUAACAGGACCCCCCACUGCCACCCACCCUGCCCCCUCCCCCGGACUCCAACAGGCCACCUUCCCUCCUGGACAACCCCCCUCUGUUGUCUUUGCCACCCCACCUCCACAAAUGAAUCCAGCGCCACAGCACCGACAAUUUGCCCCCGGGCCCCGUGCUUUACACCAACAGGGAGGAUUCAGGUCACUGCAGCCGUACUACAGCCGGCCCAGUCUGCCCAGCAAUGCCCCCCGGGUGCCCCCCAGCAGCACGCCAAGGCCUGUGGCGCCCACACACGUCUACCAGCCGGGCCAACAGAUGAUGAUGAUCCCCUCACAGCAGAUCCCCUUCUCCAACCAACAGGGCCCCGCCUACUUCAUACCUGGACAGUACCGGUCAACAUACGUGGCCACCCCUCAGCAGUACCCGGUCCCACCGGGCACUCCAGGCUUCUACCCAGGCACCAGCCCAGCUGAAUAUGGUACAUAUGCAGGGGCAUACUACCCGGCCCAACAGCAGUACACGUCCUCAGUGCCAGCUGCUCCGGUCAUCAUGAACCCUCCCCCCCAGCAGCAGCAACCACAUCCACAGCAACAGAUCCACCCCAAAAGGGAGCGCAAACAGGUACAGAUCAUAAUACGAGACCCUAACCAGGGUGGUAAAGACAUCACUGAGGAGAUUAUGUCAGGGGGCACCCGCAGUGGCUCCACCCCCACACCCCCACAGGUGAGCGACGACUCUUCAGAGUCGUCUAUAUCUGGAUCAGAGGGUCCAGCCGUUGCCCAGGCCGACGGGGAGAACGUGACACCUGUCGUGUUCAGACCAGAUGACCGAGGGAAACCUGCAGCCACUCUCAUAACUGCCCCCCCAGCCCUGUCUAAAACCCCUGAACUGGUCAAGACUUCCCCUGCUCCAACAGAGGUCCAACUCCCAGACACAAACAGUAAAUCCCCUUCCUUAUCCCAGGACCUACCUACACCCCCGUCGGUAACUACCACCCUCUACACUACUACCCCCCAACCCUCAACUAGUCCCAUUGCAGACAUGAUGGACGCUCCAGCCCCAGCCGCUGCUCCAGCCCCAGCCGCUGCUCCAGCCCCAUCUGCCCCUGAAGUGCCCGCUUACCCUGCACCCCUGCCUGAACCCCGCCCCACUCCUGCAGCUGAGGAGCAUCCCUCACCUGCCAAGGAGGAGCGGGAGGAAGUGAAGGAGAAAGAAGAGGUGGCGGAGGCUAGGCAGGAGGCGACUACAUCAUCCAAACCUGAGCCUUCCCUUGCUCCAGUGACCACCCCUAGCAGCAGCAGCACUAACGGUAUCUCUGCCACCCAGCCACCCCCAGCCAAGGAGGAAGAGCCAGCAGCCCUGUCCAUCAACAUGCCCACCCCCCAGGCAGCAGAACCCCCCCUGGAGUCUCCCAUCGCCCAGCCAGAGGAGCUCAGACUGCCCAAUGGCCUGCCGCUCCCCAGCCCCCAGGACCCUGAGAAGAUGUCUGCGGAGUCGUCGGAGUGUGACAUCAGCCCCAUUGCUGAGCCUGAGGUGGCCCAGUUACAGAGCGAGGCACCAAUGCCUAAACCGACGCCCGCCCCCGUUGCCCAGGCGACGCCCGCCCCCGUUGCCCAGGCGACGCCCGCCCCCGUUGCCCAGGCGACGCCCGCCCCCGUUGCCCAGGCGACGCCUGUCCUAGCUGAGACUGCUACUACUACAGUUGUAACUGCUCAUCGUGUGGAAGACGAGAUGGACUCCCCACCACCCCAGAGCACCACCCCAGCCGGGGAGAGUUCUAUGCAAGCUGCUGUUUCUGUGCCAAAGAAAAAGAGGAAGAUGAAGGAUCUGAACAAGAAGGAGGCUGUUGGAGACCUCCUGGAUGCCUUUAAGGAGGAGCAGGUAGUGGGGAGCCCUCCUGAGCCAGAGCAGGCCACACCCACUUCUGCCUCUGACGCUAAGGAGCCCCGCCCAGCCGCCACCCCUGCAGUUGAAGAGGUGGAUGAGACGUGGGAGGAGAAGGAGGACAAACUGGAUGCAGAGAAUAUCGAACCCAAGCCCGAGGAUCUGAAGUACCAGUACAAAGAGGAACUAUGUAGGCCUAUAGACCCAGAGGAGAAGAAGAGGUAUGACCGGGACUUCCUGCUGGGCUUCCAGUUCAUCAGUGCCGCCAUGUCCAAGCCUGAGGGCCUGCCUCAGAUCAGUGACGUGGUGCUGGACAAGGCGAAUAAGGCCCCUCUCCGCCAGCUGGACCCCAGCCGUUUGCCAGGGAUGAACAUGGGCCCCGACUUCACACCCUCGUUUGCCAACCUGGGCAGGCCUGGAAUGGGAGGAGGUGGUGGUGGUGGAGGAGGUGGAGGUGGCCACAGAGGAGGACCACCCUCUGGUAUGGGUGGUGGAGGACCGCGUCGCUCCCAGCAGGGCCAGCGUAAGGAGCCCAGGAGGAUCAUCAACAUCUCUUCGUCUCUGACGGAAGACGUGAAGCUCAACAAGGCUGAGAAGGCCUGGAAGCCCGCUGUCAAGAAGGCUGCCAGUGGGCAAGCUGCUCCUGAGGAGGAGAGUGACGACUCUGAACAGGCCAAGACCCAGGAGCUGUUCAAGAGGGUCCGUAGUAUCCUGAACAAGUUGACCCCUCAGAUGUUCCAACAGCUGAUGAAGCAGGUCACAGAGCUGACCAUCGAUACAGAGGAAAGACUGAAGGGAGUGAUAGAUCUGAUCUUUGAGAAGGCCAUCUCUGAACCCAACUUCUCUGUGGCCUACGCCAACAUGUGCCGCUGUCUUAUUGGGCUCAAAGUCCCCACCACAGACAAGCCGGGAGUCACUGUGAAUUUCCGCAAGCUACUUCUGAACCGCUGUCAGAAGGAGUUUGAGAAGGACAAGGACGAUGAUGUCAUCUUUGAGAAGAAGCAGAAAGAGCUGGACGCUGCAGCCACGGAGGAGAAGGAUCGCCUGAAGGCAGAGCUGGAGGAGGCCAAAGACAAGGCGCGGCGGCGGUCGCUAGGCAACAUCAAGUUCAUUGGUGAGCUGUUCAAGCUGAAGAUGCUGACUGAGGCCAUCAUGCACGACUGCAUCGUCAAGCUGCUGAAGAACCACGAUGAGGAGUCACUAGAGUGCCUCUGUAGACUCUUGUCAACUAUAGGGAAGGACCUGGACUUUGAAAAGGCGAAGCCUCGUAUGGACCAGUACUUUGCCCAGAUGGACAAGAUCAUCAAGGAGAAGAAGACAUCGUCCAGAAUCCGCUUCAUGCUGCAGGACGUACUGGACCUCAGGAGGAACACGUGGGUCCCUAGGAGAGGAGAGCAGGGCCCCAAGACCAUAGACCAGAUCCACAAGGAUGCUGAGCUGGAGGAGCACAGGGAGGUCCUCAAGGUGCAACAGCAACUCCUCAACCAGAACACCCGAGGAGGAGGUGGAGGACGUGGUGGUGGUGGUGGUGGUGGAGGAAGAGAUCAGGGAACCCGCGGGGGCCAACACCCCCAGACGGGCCAAAGGAGUCAGCCCCAGGACGAGGGCUGGAACACAGUUCCCAUCUCCACCAAGAGCAGACCCAUCGACACCAGCCGACUCAGCAAGAUCACUAAGCCCGGGGCUUUGGACUUCAACAACCAGCUGCUGGCUCCCCAGCUCGGGGGUAAGGGCAUGUGGGGCAGCUGGGGCAAGGGCAGCAGUGGAGGCACCACCGGAGCCAAACCCGCUGGUGAAGCCACCCCAGAGUCAGGAGGCCGCCCAGCCACCAGCACCCUCAACAGGUUCUCAGCAUUGCAGCCACAGCAGCCCUCCUCCUCAGGGCCCUCACAUGACUCGGACAGAAGAGUUCCUCAGAGGAACAGCUCGAGCCGGGACCGUGGCAGUGACAGAUUCGAGCGACAUGACUGUGGCAGCAACGACCGCUUCGACAGGCGGGAAGACCGGCGAGACGACCGGGACAGGAACCGGCCCCCGGUCACCAAGCGGAGCUUUAGCAGGGAGACAGAGGAGCACAGCAGAGAGAGGGAGCACCGCGGCCCUGCUGAUCCUGUACGCCGCGUAGCCAGCAUGACCGACGACCGGGGCAGCAGAGACCGGGGCAGCAGAGACCGGGGCAGCAGAGACCGGGGCAGCAGAGACCGGGCCAGGAGCAAAGACAAUGUGAAGAGGGAAGCUGCUCUGACCCCCCCUCCUGCCCAGGACAAACCUGCCUUGAGUGAAGAAAUGCUGGGAAAGAAGUCCACAGCUAUCAUAGAGGAGUACCUACACAUCAACGACAUGAAGGAGGCGCUGCAGUGUGUAGUGGAGAUGAACAGCACCUCGCUGCUCUUUGUGUUUGUACGGAGCGGUCUAGAGUCCACUCUGGAGCGCAGCCCCAUCGCCAGAGAACGCAUGGGCCUGCUGCUGCACCAGCUGUACAAGGCAGGCACCCUGCCCAAAGAGCAGUACUACAGAGGGCUUCAGGAGAUACUGGAGGUGGCGGAGGACAUGGCCAUAGACGUCCCCCACAUCUGGCUCUACCUGGCUGAGCUCAUCACCCCUAUGCUCCACGAAGGAGGCAUCCCCAUGGGACAGCUCUUCAAGGAGAUAUCCAAGCCCCUGGUUCCUCAGGGGACGGCUGGAGUUCUGCUGGUACAGAUCCUCACCUUACUCUGCAAAGGAAUGAGCCAUAAAAAGGCAGGCGCCAUGUGGAGGGAGGCGGGGCUUAGCUGGAAAGACUUUCUGCCUGAGGACGAGGACGUCAACAAGUUUGUGACAGAAAAGAACGUGGAGUUCACCCUGGGAGGAGGAGAAGAUGAUGAGACAGAGAAGAGCAGUAAGAAGGAGCUGAGCUCAGAGGAGCUGACCAAACAGCUGGACAGACUCAUACAGGACAAGGCUGACAACCAGAGGAUCUAUGAUUGGGUGGAGGCUAACCUGGACGAGACACAGAUGUCCUCCAACAUGUUUGUCAGAGCAGUCAUGACAUCCAUCUGCCAGUCGGCCAUCAUCUGUGAGAACCCUUACAAGUUGGAUGCGAAGGUGAUCACCCGGAGUGCCAAGCUGCUCCACAAGUACCUGAAGGAUGAGCAGAAGGAGCUGCAGGCUCUCUACGCCUUGCAGGCCCUCAUGGUGGAGAUGGAGCAGCCUGCCAACCUGCUGCGGAUGUUCUUUGACACGCUGUACGAUGAGGACGUGAUCAAAGAGGAGGCCUUCUACAAGUGGGAGUCCAGCAAGGACCCCGCUGAGAUGCAGGGCAAGGGUGUGGCCCUGAAGUCCGUCACCGCCUUCUUCACCUGGCUCCGUGAGGCCGAGGACGAGGAGUCUGACAACAACAGCUAGGACCUGUUCACCUGCGCCCCCUAGACUCUGGGAAGACCUGGAGGAGGAAAAAUAAAAUCCUGUUGAUGAUGAUUCAGGAACAUGGGGCUGUUAGAAUCAACAAAAUCCUUCAGCGUAAAAAAAAAAAAUAGGAAAAAAAUCAGCUAGGAGAUUCUACUACAGAUUGAGCAUGCAAUCGUUUUUUUGUUUUAUUUUCUUCAUUUUUGUUUAUUUUGCGCUGCCGAAUGUCUGAACUAAAUUGGGAAACUAAUUGCGAGAGAGCGAUAAGCGUUACAACAAGCUGUAGGGGUGGCUGUUUCCUUCAGUGUUUUGAGGUUUUAUCCCUUGUUUUAAAGGCGUCGCGUUGCCAUAGCAACACUAUUCAUGAUGUUUAGCAAAACGACAAAAAUUUAAAUCCCCAACAGACCGAACUAAUAAAGGCUGCUCAUAUAUAUAUUUUUGAUUACAUCAUAUAUCCUGUUGAAUGAGACAUGAUGGGCAUCAUGUUGUAUGUAUGAUUCUACACGACUCUGUCAGCAAUUUAGCUCUUUCUUUUUGAGUUUAGGAUGAUUGAAGUGUUCUUUUUUUUAGAUAAAAGAAAAUAUGUAUAAAGAAAAGUGACAUGCUGGAGCUCGCUUUCUUUGAACAUUACAGUGUGGAGUCUUUGAGACUCCUGUGGACUUCCUGUCUGGUGGAGAGGGACUGUGGGGCGAUGGACAAUGACCUUUUGCUGCUGGGGGUCUCAAUGCUUCCUUAUGGCCAUGCUCGCCAACCCCAAUUUGUCCCGUGUUACUUUUCUCCUACACUUCCAAAAACUGUGGGUCUGGAAAGGGAGAACGGGCUUGCAACGAUGUGGAUUUUUAAAAAGAGAAAAUCAUAAUUCAAACUUGAAAGGUAUAUAAAUAAAUCAUCUUUAAAAAAGCAAUUUCAAAAAGAGUAUACAAUUACAUUCACAGUACGUUUCCUAAGGCUUUUUCUGCUUCCGUUUAGUGGAAAUGCAUUUCAGGAGAGUUCUGUAAUAUAUUGCUUUUUUGGUUUGUUUUUCAAAAUAAAAAUGCUAAUGUUAUGCCAUGUAUUUUUUUUUCUGAAACAAAGUGGCAGUUCUCUGUAUUUAUAUUUUUCUCUCCUCAGCUAGCAGCUGCUUGUAAUGAUCCACCUGAAGUCAUUGAUUACAAUUUAAUUGAAUAUUUUGUAAAUACUUUUUUGCUUUACAUUAUGAAGUAUUUAAUUAAGAAAAUGAAUGCCUCUUUUCAUAUCCGAAACUGGAAAAGAUAAUAAAGAACAUUGCAAAUAAGAAA